AUGGCGCCGCUGCGAGCCUUGUCGUCCGCGCUCUUGUUUGGCGCGGUUCUCCAUUGCUCCGCGACCGACACCGGAGAGCCGACGGUGGAGCCAGAGUCGAUCAUCACCAUCCCGGAAAAAGGACUCCAAGUGGACGAGCAUAAAAUUGUCUGGCUCGGACCGUCAAAGUCCCUGCGAGUCGUUGAUUCCACCAAUGCAGCAGUGUUUAUGCCGCAGUCCACUGUAUCGCCCUCGGUGGAGCCUUCGUCCGAACAUAUGAACGCCGUGGCGUAUAUGUUUGAGAACGGUGCAUGUGAUUUUACCAAGACCGUGGAGUACAAAAAGUUAUUUUCUGACUAUGGGAAGGCGUUAUGGGAUCGCAGCCCGCCUUCAAAGGAGGCGACCGCGGAGGAGGUCUCGCACUCACCGGUUGCGAACUACACCUUCACAAAUCCUCCCGCGGAGGUGUUGCGCGAACUUGUUAGUUUCUGUGUGAGGUUCGUAGUUACGCCUGGCUCGAGCUCGAGCUCGGGUUCGUCCGAAAAGCCUGAUGAGGAGCUUAGGCCGCCAUCAAGCGGAGUUCCUGGCGAUAGUGUCGAACAGGGGAACGGUGUACCCGGAGAACCAGCAUCUCCUGGCGGCCCCAAUGAUGAAUCUCCGGAGAACAAGGAGGAAUCGGAGAACCCGCAUAAGCCACCGAAUCCUGGAGUGUCUGGUGAAGUAGGGGAAAACAACACGGAAGAUGGGGAGCAUCAUGCAACUGCCCCAGCGGCGACAACAGCCGCGCCGCCAGGCGACAGAGCCGAAGUUUCACCACCGAAGCUGCCACCCCAACUCCCUCCGAAAGAACCUCUCCCCCAGCACAUGGAUAAUGGAGCAAAGGGAGAUGGUGCCGUCGGCGUCGCUGGACCAGGCGCCCUUGGAGGCCAGCCGAUCGUUGGCGAACAGGACUCGCAGGUAUCCAGCCCAGUCGGCCGUCCUCGUGAGGGCGGCGCAGUCGAUCAAGCAGCGGCCGAGAGGGUGCCUGUGAGAAAUCCUCUCGACGACGAAGGCAAAAACGGCGCGCGCUUGAGGGCUCUCUCAGAGACUGCUGAGAAAGCGGAAAAAUACCUGACCGUCGUUGUACACUCUGCGUCCUUAAGCGUUUCAAGUUGGAGUGCCGGCGGCCUGCUGUUGAUUGCUGCUGUGCUUUUCCUGACAUACUAG